AUGGAGACUGUGCAGGACGAGCUGCAAGUGGUGGCAGAAGAAGUUCCAUUCACGGAUGAGGAAAUCGCUACAACGUUUAAAGUCUUGGGUGUGUUAGCCAAGCGAAAAGACCUGUUGGAACAAAGUAAUAUGCGCAUGUUGCGUAAGAAAUUGGCGCCUGUCUGUGAGUACAUUGAAGGUCGUAAAUUUGGUGGUGUAGGACGUAAGAAAUACCUUGAAGACAAGGCGAUACGUGAAGAAAAACGUGCGCGUCACAAUCGACGUAAAAUGCACGACCGUCGCCAUAUCAACAGCUCUACGCUGCGUCGUGAGCGGAUUGCCAAGCUGGAUUCGUUGUUGCUACAAGGCAACGACGCAGUGAAUGCAUUACCUCUGAUUGCAGAUGGUGUGGCAGGAGAAGAUGUGUGUCAUUCCACAAAGACUCUGUCAAAUGGUCCGGAACCGGAACCGGAGCUGCAGAAGCUCUGCAAUGAUGAAGCGGAACAGGCUCGUGAUGACAAAGCAGAAGCUUACAAGAUGGAAGCGAGUGCAUUGCUCGGGUUUCGGUCGUGCUACGCGUGUAAAAGCCGAUUCGACAAGAUUCACCACUUUUACGACCAGCUUUGUCCACGUUGUGCAGAGCUCAACUUUACUAAACGCUUUCAAACGACGGAUUUGCGUGGAAAAGUGGCAAUUAUUACAGGAGCUCGUGUAAAGAUUGGAUUUCAAGCGGCAGUAAAGCUUUUACUGGCGGGAGCAGCAGUCAUUGCUACAACACGCUUUCCAAAAGAUGCAGCAGAACGCUUUGCGAAACAUGCGGAGUAUGAGACCUUUAAGGAUCGUCUUCAUAUCUUUGGUAUUGAUUUCCGUGAUCUGGUGCACUUGGAGCAGUUCUGCGACUACGUCAUCAGUCACUAUUCUCGUCUCGAUAUGAUUGUUCAUAAUGCAUGCCAGACUGUGCGUCGGCCUCCGAUGUACUACAAGCCGCUUGUAGACAAGGAGACAAAAGCGCUGGAAAAGAGCACCAAGGAGGUUCAGAUGCUAAUGAACCACCAACAGGACUUCGAGUCGCAUAUCAAGUCGUUGGCGCUCCCUGCAUUAGAUGCCACGAUUGUUAAUACAGGUGGCAACGUUGUCAUGACGUCUGCACUGAAGUCGCAGGUGCCUAUGAUCGCUGGAGAAGAUCACCUCGACGAUCACAUUGAGGCGUUCCCAGAGGGCAUGGUGGACGUGAAUGGACAGCAGGUGGACCUUCGCUCGCGCAACUCUUGGCUGCUUCGUAUGGGCGAGAUUGCUACUCCAGAAGUGGCGGAAGUGUUUGCCAUUAACACACUGGCGCCGUUUAUCAUGAACAAUCGACUGGUGCCGCUGUUGGAGAAGAGUGGCAAUUCCGAUAAGAAGUUUAUUGUCAAUGUGAGUGCUAUGGAGGGCAAGUUUUACCGCUACAAGACGCCAAAUCAUCCCCACACGAACAUGGCGAAGGCUGCACUCAACAUGAUGACUCGCACGUGUGCCGAGGACCUAAGCAAGCGGCGUAUCUACAUGAACUCGGUCGACACGGGCUGGAUCAAUGACGAGAAUCCGUUGGCCAAGGCGCAUGCUCAUGCAGAGGCACACAAUUUCCAGACUCCCAUUGAUGAAAUCGACGCUGCAGCGCGUGUGUUGGACCCGAUUUUUGUCGGCUACAACUCGAAUGAGACCAUUUUCGGCAAGUUCCUCAAGGAUUUUCACGAGACGGAGUGGUAG